CCCGCCCUUGCCCACGAGAGUUCUUCCCUUCUCUUCCUCCUCCCCCCGCCUCCCUCCUCUCCGCCUGCAGACCCUGGUGAGCGCGGCAGCCAGGACCGUGACAGCAAGAGACUGGGUGACAUGAGAGAUUCGACUGCGCCCUGCCCUGGACAGCUUAAUGGUAGAAGCAUUAAUCCCUAAAGAGACCGGAGUGGGUUUCAGGAUGGCAAAAGAGGAGCCCCCGAGUACCUCAAAGGACUUGCAGGAGCUGCAGAAGAAGCUGUCUUUGCUGAUAGAAUCCAUCCAGAAUAACUCAAAGGUGGUUGCCUUCAUGAAGUCUGCGGUGGGGCAGUACCUGGACAGGCACCCUUUCAUGGCCCUCACCGUGCUGGUGUUUGUGGUCAUGUCAGCCGUUCCUGUUGGGUUCUUCCUGCUCGUCGUGGUGCUUACCUCCCUGGCUGCUUUUGUGGGAGUCAUUUUACUGGAAGGACUGGUCAUCUCUGUGGGCGGCCUCUCACUGCUUUGUGUCCUCUGUGGCUUGAGCUUCGUAUCACUCACCGUGUCGGGGACAAUCAUAGUGUCCUAUGUCAUGGUCUCCAGCCUUGUCAACUACUGGUUUCCUCCCAGACCUCUGACACGACAAAACUCCAGUGGCGACUGUCAGCUGGCUAUGAAGUCCGCAGACUUAGAAGGGCUCUACCAGGAAUGACCGGCCCAGCGGAGCCAGAGCUUUUUCUAAGCACUUCUCGAAGGCUGUGGAUCAUACUCAGCCCUUGGGAUUAUGACUCAGAAGGGGGCUGGGUGGUCAAGCACUCCUUGGAAGUGGCCUCUGGCUUUUUCAUGUAUUCCUAGGAUCCCACAAGGGCCACUUUGGGGGUCUUGUUGCUCUUGCAUGAGUCCUGUGGUUCUGUUGGCUGACCCACCCUCACAUGAGAAUUAGCAGAGAACUGCAGUGGCUCAGCACUUCCUUGCCUUUUGCCCUUCCUCCCCAAUGUGCAGACUUGACCUUGGCCCAGUCCUGAGCCUCUACAGCCUGGCAGCUUGACCCCAAAGACUCAGUCUUGUGUCCAAGGGCCCAGUUUGGGGCAACUGUGGAUUUUUUUUUCUUUUUUUCAAAAAUGAGAGAGGCUGUUUAUAUCUUCACUUAUUUGAAAGGUGGGGAAAGAGCAAAACAGAUCAAGCUCUUCUGCCUUAUUAGCUUUUUAUCAGAAAAAUCAGCAACAUUUGGCAAUAAUGGCUUCUCAGGCAGAGCUGGGUAAAAAAUAGAGUCCAAAGUUAACUUUAUGGCCAAGGGCACUUUUGAAGGAAAUCUAAAGAGUUUCCAUGUUGAGUACUGUUAAGUGCCGUUACUCUUGAAAAUAUUUGCACUUGAUACUUUUGUAUUGUUUGAAAGAACUUGGCUUGUUAAGCCAUUUCUGUAAAAAGUCCUAUGAAAAUGCUAAAGGACUAAACAAGCUUUUAAAAUCCUGCGGGAUUUCUUCUUCAGUGGUCUGCUGUGGCAUUUUAUUAAAUAUUUAUGUAGAUGAG